UAUAUUCUGUAUCCACUUGUCAUUCGUUUGCAAACUGAGAGGACAAUUUACUGGAUAUAGAUACCGCUUUUAUGAAAACUAAGUCAUUCAUUUUCACCCAAAUUGUUAUCUGAGUCUUAGCCCUGUAUAUCUUAGGUUAGCCUAGAUAUAAUUUCAAACAUAAAAUGUCCGAAGAAAAGAAGAAAGCCCUCCCGGAGAAGAAGAAAACUUUUUGGGAACGGGAACUUGACGAUUUGAGGUCACUCGACCUUUUGAGAGCUUCCCUUGCUGAGUUCCUCGGGGUAAUGUUUCUGGUUUUGUAUGGAGUAGGUGCCGGGCUGUAUCACGAAACUCUGGGAACAAAACCAAGCAGUGUCCAUAUUUCCAUAGAAACAGGAUUCUUCAUCGCUGUUAUAAUAACGACCUUGAGCACCGUCAGUGGAGGUCAUGUAAAUCCCGCCAUUAGUAUAGGUUUCCUAGUAACAGGGGGAAUAACUGUAUGUAGAUUCUUAUUUUAUAUGUGUUUCCAAGUUCUUGGUGCUAUUGCUGGGAUGGGCAUUAUAACGUUGGUAUCUCCUGUGGAAAUGCAGCACGGAAGUUUUGGUGUGAUACUGCCGGGUCCAAACGUCACGGACGUUCAAGCGUUUGUUUGUGAAACUUACAUCACCUUCCUGUUAGAUUUUGCCACUUUCUCCUUCCUGGAUUCUGGAAGAUCAGACAUGACGGGCUCCGUCCCUUUCAUUAUCGGAAUUCUUGUCGUUAUAAACGUUUUCUCAACGUGGAAUCUAUCAGGUGGAUGCAUGAACCCUGCGAGAAACUUCGGUCCAAUGGUUAUCAAUGCAGCAUAUGAUAAAGCAUGGGUAUACUGGGCUGGACCAAUGAUAGGGGGCGCACUGGGUGCUUUCAUAUAUGACCGAGUUUUCUCUACAAGAGUUUGCAAAAAUAUUUUGCAUGGGUGCAACAGCCAGGAAAGAAAAGACUUAGAUAUUUCCAAAGAAAUUCGUGUCAACGAGGCUUUCACAAUCGAGAACUCAAAAUUAUGAUCCAUGUUCAAAACAGGGUUGGCGUUUAUCAGACUAGUAUGAUCCUGGAUUUUGGAACAAUGUCAAAUCCAGCUUCAUGAAUGUGAAUAAUGUAAUAUUUGUAUGAUAUUCAACAACAUACCUCUAUAUAUUUCGUUUGCAUAAGAUAUCCUUGAAAGAAUGUGAAAACUGAUGCCCCAUAUGGCAGUUUAUGGCCAAAUGAAAAUCUUUCAGAUCUUGGUCAAAUUUUAGGGUCAUGAAGUCAAAAAUGUUUGUAAUCAAAGAAAGGUCAAGUCGAAAGGCAUGUACAGGUGGAAUAUGAAAACCCUAGAACCAACCAUUCAGAAGUUACAAUAUAAGGCCACAUGAAAUAUGAAAACCCUAGAACCAACCAGUCAUAAGUUACAAUGUAUGGCAAAGGUUAAAGUCUUUCAAAAGUAGAUCAAACUCCAAGGUCAAGGUCAUGAGGUAAGAGGCGUUGGUACAUAUAGAAAGAUCUUGUCUCAAGAAAUAUGCCUCAGAUUAC